AUAUUCAAGCGGAAAUCCUGUUGGUUGACUUUAGACCUACUGCUACAGUAGUUACUGCGUAAAUAAAAGAACGAAAAGAUUGAUUUCGGACUGCAGACUCAGAUGCAGAAUCAUUCUGAUUCUGAAUGAUAGUUAUAUACACGUUAAAGUGCCAUAAAAAUGCCUUUAGUACUGUGGGCUAAGACCGCAGUGGGACCGAACCUUCCCUUUUUAAAAGGAUUUGGUAAGGCUGUCAAAAGUUGGAAAGAUGUCUUGCAGCAAUUUGUCCUGCGAAAACCAGCGAAGUUGAAGAUCCAAACUUUUGACAUUUCACGUGUGGAGGCAAAAGAUCGCUGUCUGUUGUAUCCAAAUGUCACGCAAAAUAAUAAUAGUUCCAUCCAGUCCCGUAUCUUUCGUUCGUUCUUUUCGAGAACAUCUUCUCAAACUUUGGCAAGAGAGCUUCGAAGAAGAUCUGCAUUAAAACUUACAUCUAGCUCCAGUCGCAGUUUCAGACAUGUACCAAUAAUGUCACUUAUUGGUGUUACUUUAGGCCUUGACAUUUCUGGGGUUAUUGAUGAAGGAGCCGAAAAAAUGAUGUCAGAAAUGCGGGUAUGUGUUCAGCUCAUAUACAAUAUUAAUAUUGACAAUGGAUAGACUCAAUAAGACAUAGGGAUAGGCAUAGGCUAUAUAAUAUAUAUUAUACUAUACUAAUUAUAGCCUAUAAAUAUAAUAUUAGUAUUAGGGAUCAAAUUCAAAACAUAUCAUUAUUUAAAUUUACGUUUAAUUUAAGCCUAAAUUUGUUAUCAAAACCUUUUCUUAAAUAAUUAAGACUUAAUUCCAAUUUGAGGCAGGUAAGCUUAUAUAAAUACGAGCAGGACCUGCCAGGCAUACAUAAUAGUAAUAGUAUUUUUAAUAAUAAUACUAUUAAUACGUCUGGAAAGAGGAAGAGUUUCAGUUACUCUGGCACCCCAAUUAUUGAAAAGAUACAAAGUUUAUACCUGAACUAACAUAUGGGCAAUAUGGCUGUCACUGGCUUAAAAAAUUAAUUAUAUAUCUAUUGAUAAAUGUCUUAAAGAAACACCCAGAACACAGUUUUUCACCUAACUAUUGCGUCGGCCCUUCUGGAUUUUUGUAGGAGACAUUUAACUUAAUUUGAAAUAUUUUGAUAAUUUGGCACACACUUAAAUUAAACACAUUUUGUAAGCUACCUUUUUUCUCCCAUAAAUUAAAAAUGACAUUUAUUUAUAUUAAUACAGAAAAUGAAAACAAGAUAAACAAUCAAUGUGAACAAAGUAUGUGAAAACCUGAAAAAAAAAGAAUACAACAAAACAAUGUACAUGUCAUCAAGAAACCUUGAUCAGCUUGUUGCAUUCUUUCUUUCAGUUUCCAAUACUUUGUUUUGCUCAUUUCCAUUUUUCUAGAAAGUUUGUCUAUUGGUAGUUUUGCUACCAAUAGCUUCUAGUUAGGGCAGGGAACUAUUUGUAGUAAACUAUCAAUAUGUUCUAGGGAGCUAUUGAUAGUCCAGCCAAUCAAAUCAAACCAAACCCUGCUAUCAAUGACGCUGGUGAAGUAUUGCCUCUUUCAUUUAUUACUAAUUCAUACUAGUGUCAACACCUUGGCACUUAUUAUAAAGUUUACUGAACUGUUUUAACACUGUCUACUGUAGCCUUCCUCUUGCUCAGAUUUGGCUAUAUUGCUAUAUAAUUAUAAUUUAUAAUAUAGACCUAAUAUAGAUCGAUGUAUGAUACUGGAGGGAGGGGAUCAUAGUCUGAAAAAAUGUUACCCAGCUAGAUUGAUGUAUGAUACUGGAGCGAAGGGAUCAUAGUCUGAAAAAAUGUUACCCCGCCAAGGACAAAGUAAUUAUUAUUAUUAUAAGGCUGUCAAAAGGGCUGGGCUCACCACGAUGUACAUACAAUUUAACAAACAUAAUCAUGAACUUUAAAUUAACAAAAAUUAAUGAACAUACAUUAAUUAAAUAAAACAAAAAAAAAUUUAUAUUUAAAACUAUUUACAUGUAAAGCAAUGGACGACACCUAGCAGCAUUGUUUCUCGGUCAAAAAAGGGGAAUCAGUAAGGAGCAUUGACAGGUUGGAGGCGGUCCAGCGACGAGCAGCACGUUUUGUCCUAAACCGCUACAGGAAUACCUCUAGUGUUGGCAGCAUGCUAGAAACACUAGGCUGGUCACCAUUGGAGAAACGACGACGACAAUCCAGGCUCUCCAUGAUGUACAAGAUAAAUAAUGGGCUGGUCCACUGUUCCAGUAUUAAACAGAAACUCGUCCCUCUCCCCCAUAGACAGCGACGAGGCCAUGACAGGCAAUUCAGGCUCAUACCAGCAAGAAGCCAGUAUAGGAGCUGCUCAUUCCUGCCCAAGACAAUCAGGGACUGGAACCAUCUUUCAAAAGGAACAGUUGAGGCGACAACACUAGACACAUUUGUGUCUAUUGCCUCAAGCCUUCAAACCCCUAGUGCAUAAUUUCCUCAUCACCACCAGUAACAGAAACAUUGCAAAUCCCAUCUACAUGCAUAGGAGCCAAAAUGAUCAAUAAAUUGAUCGUGGGCCCUUAAGAUAUAGAAAAAGAAGAAGGAUCGUAGAGUUUAAAAAGAUGUGUUUUGAAUGCAGUUUUGAAGGCUGUGCAGUAAAAAUAAAAUCCAACAUAGGCCUACAUACUUUCGAGUGAUUUCAGGGAUGUAAUUAAAAAUAAAUAGCUCUCUAGAAGCUAUUGGUAGUUUACCAAUAGCCACAGCCUUUUUCUAACCUGAGUGCAGCCUUUUUCCAUUAUAUUACCAAUGUGAAGAAAGCUAUUCAUAAGCAUUAGCAGAAAUGAAAAAGUAUAACUUCUUCCAUGGUCAAGUUAUUCAGGGGGUAGGGGGCUCAUUGUUGACCAUAGCACUGUUAAUGUUAUUUUGGCAAUUUGAUCCCACUUAAUUAGUGGAAAUAAACAAGGAAUCUCUAGCCCAACCAGGCCCACAUUGCCUUUCCUUACGUAGUCCAUUGGCGUUGGCAUACUUAGAAUUUCGGUACCAGUUUUGGUCUUUUCAUUUGUCUAUUUGUUUUUUUUUUUGGUUUAGGCAUGGUCUUACUUGUAUUGUAAUGAUUACUCCAAGGCUUAUCUUCUCAUUUGUCUAUUUUUUUUUUUUGGUUUAGGCCUUGUCUUACUUGUAUUGUAAUUAUUACUCCAAGGCUUAUCUUCUCAUUUGUCUAUUUGUUUUUUUUUUGGUUUAGGCCUGGUCUUACUUGUAUUGUAAUGAUUACUCCAAUGGCUUAUCUUCUCAUUUGUCUAUUUUUUUUUUUUUGGUUUAGGCCUUGUCUUACUUGUAUUGUAAUUAUUACUCCAAGGCUUAUCUUCUCAUUUGUCUAUUUGUUUUUUUUUUGGUUUAGGCCUUGUCUUACUUGUAUUGUAAUGAUUACUCCAAGGCUUAUCUUCUCAUUUGUCUAUUUGUUUUUUUUUUGGUUUAGGCCUUGUCUUACUUGUAUUGUAAUGAUUACUCCAAGGCUUAUCUUCUCAUUUGUUCUUGCACUUUUAUAAAUGGUUAAGUGGACUCUCCUGGCAAAAACGUAGCUUUUCUUGGUGUUAUUUACAAAACAUUUAGAGGUUUACACAAUGUGUUGAGGCCAACAUAUUAGAUUAGCUCUCAGAGCAAUUACAUUUGCUUGCUAAAAUUUUAAAGGUUCUGCUUGGCUCUAGGCAAGGAAAAUUUUUUUUUAUUUUGACAGACAUAAAUAUAUGUUGUACUUUGACUGGCAUGCUCAUCAGGGUCCACACACAAUCGGGAAAACGGGAAAUAGUCAGGAAUUUAUUGAAUAAUUUUGCCGGUCGUGAAAACUAGGAAAAUAGGCCUUCUAGUAAGGAAAUUUUCCGGAUAGUCUGGAAUUUUUUAAUUUGUAAAAAAAUAAUAAUAAAUGUGGCUUUGGAUGACAUGAAAAUUGUCGUUAAUCUCUGAUCUCGUCUAUUUUUAGCCUUUUUUUUAUCUAAAGGACCUUGCUUGUGCUUUCCCCUUCACUGGGCAUGUGUUUUGAGCUCUGCAAGUUUCAGUACAACUUCGAUAGAACAGAAAUAUUUAUUUUCCGUUCACAUCGCCUAUCAAGAGAUAUUCCACCGCUUGGCAUGUAAGUAAAGUGUAAAAUAUAGUAAAUAAUUAUUUGAAUCUAGUUUCAAUUGUGAGGUAAACAUUAUAAUUAGAAAACUACUAUUCCAAGCGGUGUCUACAAUGACUAAGCUUAGCGUACUUUAUAUCGUAGACUUCAUAAGUUGAUUUUUAACUGUUUUACUGUAUGUGGACAUGUAUUUUCUUUAUUAGCGCUAGGCAGCCUUUAACUUCUUUUAAAGACUUAAAGUUCACUUUACAUUUAAUUGCGGAGUAAGCCUUCUAAUUUUAAAUAGGCUAAUAUUAUUAAGUUAUUUUGUGAUGUUAUUUUUGCGUAGAUUAGUUUGCUAGGCUACAGCUGACAUCGGAAAUUCAUUUAAAAGUUAAUAAAAUGAAAACCAGUUGAUUGGACUUGAUAAAUCGAUACAGUGAGCCUAAAAUAACUUUAUAUAGUUAGUCCUUAUUUUAUGCACUCCCGUACUCUAGGUAUAUUUUACGGUAUUAUAUUAUUAUUCAUAAGCGCAGUGGCGUAGGCAAGGAUUGGUUGUUGUUUUUGUGUGUGUGUGUGGGGGGUCCUUUUGGAUACCCCAAAAAAAUGUGUGUGUGGGGGGGUCCUUUGGAUACCCCAAAAAAAGUGUGUGUGUGGGGGGUCCUUUGGAUACCUCAAAAAAAGUGUGUGUGUGUGGGGGGGGGUCCUUUGGAUACCCCAAAAAAGUGUGUGUGUGUGGGGGUUGGGGUGUAAAUGAUGCAUUCCCCUGUGGAAAAUCCUGACUAUGCCGUUUCAUAUGCAUAUCUUAGAAUCUCUUCUGACUCUACAUUGCUAUAGUUUGGUACGGGUAUAAAUAUUAUAAUAUAGUCUAUACGAUGUAUUCCUUACUGUAAAUUAUAAAAAUAAUAUUAAUAUGAUAAUACAUUUUAUUUUGUUUCACCUUUCAGGAUCAAGGCUCAAUAAAAUCAUGUUCCUUAAAGACUGAUGGUCAGGACAGCUAUCAUGAUAAUGAUUGAACAAGUGAUCACUGCUUCACUAUGCUGGAAAUAUAGAUAUCAAGUACCCCGGUAUUCAGCGCGAAAAUAUUAAAAGAUGUCAAUCAUCUGAUGAGACUUCAGCUUUAUCACCUAUCUUAGUUGUCCAGUUCUGCAACUUCUCAGCCAAGCUCCCAAUGUAUGUGUCAAAAUAUGAAACCUUCAUUGGAGAGAUUUCAGAGACACUAAAGUGCGUUGACUCAAACUAUUCAUUUUCAUCACAAAGAAGAGAACGUUAGCUCCAUAUUAUAAAAGAUACUUUCCACUUUUGGUAGCUAUACUUAUGUGCUAAAAAGCCCUGGAGAACACACUGCAAAUGUUGCCCUUGCACAUAAAAAGUAAACGUGAACAAUUUUUCACAUCUAAGUAAAUUGAAAAAUUGCAAUUGCUGGAAAAUGUAAUAAAUAUUUACAUAUAAACACCUCAAUCGCUUAAUUUUUUUUGUUCAUUUGUGAUGUAUUUCAAUGUUGCUUUACUUUCUCAAUUACAUUUUUUUAUAUUAUCAGCAAAAACGCUGCGUUGCGAUAGCCAGGAAUUUUUUUAAUUUUUAGUUGGGAAAAAGUUGGGAAUUUUGUUUUUAAAAAAGGUUGGGAACCCUGGUUUAUUUGAAUUCUUUUCUUUGUCAGGCUUAAGAAAGGAAUGCAUUGAUUUAUUCAUUUUUCUUCUUUUAACUUUUUUUAAACAGGACAUGUUUCGAGGCUAUAAAUGGGACACCGAUCCGCCAGAGAAGCUACCACAUAGCUUAAAUGACCUGGACAUCAAUUUAGAAUCUAUUGCUAACGGUUGUGAAGGAGCAGUUUAUAAAGCUAAGAUGAAAGCAGAUGCAGGUUUGUGAGCUAUAAGUAAAGUUAUGAUCAUACAAUGCAAAGAUUUAAUUUAUUUUUUUCAGAAUUUCUGCUUCAAAUUAUUUUCUAAUUCCAUGGUUCUUACACUUGAAAAAAAAAAAAAAAUAUGCAUUAUUUUAAAUUUAACUUUAAUUUGAAAGAUGAAAGAUUCUCAUUAGACCAUUAGAUUACUAUUUUAUAAAAGAUUUAAGAUUAUUACUUUUUUUAUAAUACAUUUUUUAUUAAUGUCAAUUUUUUUGUUGUUAUGUAAAUAUAAUACCCAAUAUUUUCUUCAGCCAAGUUAGCUGACGUCGUACCCAUCGAUGCUGAUUUUGACCUUGCCGUUAAGGCUGUUUUCAACUAUGGGGCAGAAUCAAAUGCACAGAGUAUCCUGAGAGAACUUGAGAGAGAGAUAGUGCCACUGAGAGUUGAGAGUUGCCAGUUGGACAGUGAAUUGUAAGGAUAGUAGAUAAUUUUAGCAGCCUUGCUACUUUGGUUUAAACCUCCGAGAAAAUUAGUGGAUUAAAAAUAUUAGUUAUAAUAGUUAUCCUGAGUGGAUGGGAUGACACCUCAUCUGUGAGAAGGAAAUCUUUUUACUGGUCACCAAAGUGGCGGGGGGGGGGGGGGGGAUGGAGGGGACACACUUUUUUUGUGGGCGAAAAGGGGGGGGGGGGGGGGGGGAGGGAUGGAGGGGACACACUUUUUUUCUAUAUAUUUUCAGGCUGCAACCCAGGAGCCUUCGCAUGGCUUUUUCCUGGCUUGUCUUUGACUUACUCUCAGGGGGCUGCCAAAUAUUAAACAUAUAACUUUAAAAAAAAAUGUACACUUUAAAUCCAAUGUGACAUCAAGCGGUAGUGGUGCAAGGAGUAACCCACUUGAUUUACUAAUGUUUGCAGUUACUAGAUCGGCGUUUCUCAAACUUAAAGUUUGGCGGACCGGUGGACAAGUUUCGACAUUACACCAGGGACCAGUGCCAGAUUUAUAAUUAUAUAUAUUUUUUAUUUGAAAUAUUUAUGUUAUGUGGACCAGCAAUGUAAGGCUCACAGACCAAAGCCAGACCAUGAACCACCAUUUGGGGAACACUGUACUAGAUGAGGCUUAGUGACCUACAAACGUGUUUUAUAAAUUUUACCCAACCAUUUAUUUUAUUUUGUUUAUGCAUUCGCUAUUUUGAAGCUUGUUAGAAUUUAACACAGAGGGCCUGGUGAAAACCUAAAUUUGGCAUGGGCACCUGGAAUAAAAAAUUUUUCGGAACCUCUGGUGAACCGAAGAAAAUACGUCACAGGCACUAAAAUUACUGUAAAACUGCUGCUACUGAGUACUAUUUGAGCUAUAUUUAGUGAGUUCAUUUGUGAAAACACAAGGCAAUAUUAUGACAUAAGUUCCAACAAAAAAUUGCGUGAAAUUUUGAGCAUUAUAUUUAUAAAUAUUUUUGGACUAUCAAAUUGGAGUUUCAAGAUGAUUAUUGCAGACCUGAGUUUGGGGUAUAAUGAACCAUUUUAAGAUAUCUUUUACUAUUGUACUCUAUGAUUUUAAGAGACUGGGUUGAAAAAAUAUAUUCCAGUAGUUUUAACAAUUUAAGAAAAAAAAUUGGAUAUUAGAAUUACCUCCUUUGAAUAUCGAGCAGUCAUUGGACCAAGAAAUAUCAUUGUUUGGAGGCCGUUCAUAACUAUGUUACCAUUGCACUGAGAGGGGAAAUUGUGGGUUUAUGGGGGGAGGGCUUAUGUUGACCUUGGAGCAAAGGGGUGUGGAUGGAAGAGGGGGGAGGUGUCUAAGAUACAUUUUUACAGGCCAUUAAAUAACACUGCCUCAUUUUGUAAUGUUGCUGAUGAUGGUCUUAGUGUUACUUUGAAUUUUCACUAUGAAAAUGUACCACUAGGUGCAGCUACAGUACUAUUUAGCGUGGUCGCUCUAGUGACAAAUCUGGUCAACAUUCACUUGUUUGCUUCAGUAAUGAAUGACGUAAUUAUUUCAUUCUAUUCGAGACCAAAAUUUCCUACAUCAAUUUUCCUUCUAUCAAAUUUCUUUCAAAUAAAUUUCUGGUAACCAAAUUGAAUCACUCAACUGUCCUCUCUGUACAGCAUGUGGUAGUUUUUAGACUAUGAUAAAAUGCUGGGGUGGACAACAUGUGGCCGACCACGUUAAAUAUUGUGUAUAUAUUUAUCACAAAUGAACUUAUUUCUUCUUGCAAUUAAGUUAUUUUCAUUUUUCGCAUAAACGCACAUUUGAAAUCUAUAUACCGGUAUAUUUGAAAUCUAUAUACCGGUACAUUUGAAAUAUAUAGACCGGUACAUUUGAAAUAUAUAGACCGGUACAUUUGAAAUAUAUAGACCGGUACAUUUGAAAUAUAUAGACCGGUACAUUUGAAAUAUAUAGACCGGUACAUUUGAAAUAUAUAGACCGGUACAUUUGAAAUAUAUAGACCGGUACAUUUGAAAUAUAUAGACCGGUACAUUUGAAAUAUAUAGACCGGUACAUCUCAAAACACUCGAUGACCCUCCCCUUUUUUAAACUGAUUAAAACAAGAUUAAAAAAAGUAAUCUCAUUGUCACAAAGUGUUCUAUCUGAUAUAGCAUUCUUUACCUCCCUAGGUGGUCCAGGAAUGCUAGGUAUUAACCCAUCUAUACCCCCCUCAUUUCUCUCUGGUCAAUUAGGAACUUCUGAAGUUAACACCAAAAUUAUUACGGGAAGUGGAAGGCCUGAGACAAAAUGAAAAAUACAGGCAUGCGCCUAACAAUACCCUCCCCAAAAUCACAGCCAUUUCCGUCCACCCAAUAAAUUAUCUGAAGAAAAAUGGAGCUCUGUUGUCAACCCCCGCCGCAGUCAUUUGUGACACUCAUCUUAAAUAAAAAAUGAUCCACAAUAAUGUUUAUGACCUACCAAAAUUGAAGGGUUUAUAGAAACACAGCUAGGUAAAGAGGACCAAGUUUCCACCAGCUUCAGUUCUUCUUUGAUUAAUUGUAGAAUGAUUCAAAACUAUAUUCUGGUAAAUGCCAAAGUGCAUUUUGAUUAAUUUUUUUUUUCUCGAAAUUCACUCUUAAUUUCACUCCAAUGACUUUGGCAGGUGUCCUCGAUUUCUUUUAUCCAUCCCAUUUUCUUUUAUCAAAGUAGCAAAAGAUGGGCACCUUUUUGAUUUUACAAUAAAGCACUGAACAUAAAUAUAUAAAUACCAGUAUAAAUUAUACUAAAUGUUGUUUUUACUAUUGUAGGGAACCUUGAUUCGUCUCUGUUAAACCUUCAAUCUGUAUCUCGUUGUUUGGAUGGUAACACUUACUUCAACUGUCACUCGUAUUUCACCAAUCAGACAACUCAGGCGAUUGUUAUAGUCUGCUAUUGAUCUGCUACUUCACUUUGGCUUUCUCUCAUCUCGUACUCAAUUCUGACUGUCCUCUACUCCUACCCGUUGGAGCUCUCCCCGACUGUACACCUGAGUUCUCCUCAGUCCUGUCUAAAGGUCCCUUUUUAGAAGUCCCUCAAUUGGUCGUUGCGUCACUAGAGAUCCCCCACAUAGCCUUAAUCUUUUGCUACAUCUUUGGUACUAAAAUUUCUUCUAAUGCCUCCCGUCGUUUAAAUGGACAUUAACCAACCACUGCUAUCACAUAACGUCCCCAAUAGUAACGCCACGAUGUUAUCCACCAAGCUACAACCGCUGGCCAGUUGGCCAGCCUCCACCAGGUCCGGGCUGAUACCAAAAUUUGUUCUAAUGCCCCCCCCCCGCCAUUUAAAUGGCCAUUAACCAACCCUUGGUCAGUUUCCAUACUGUGAAAUCCCCCUUACCCCUGUAGCACCCAGGUCGACUACCCAGGCCUGAACACUCCACACUAUUAUGAUACAGUAUUGGAAGAUUUUGAGAUGGUUAAGCACUAUUCUGAAAUCUAAACUAUUUUGGGAGUUCCAGAGUAAUCAGGUCUGGUAUUGUAGAAUUUUUAAAUAAAUAUAUACAUAUACAUACUUUAUACCUAGAUUAUACCUAGAUUCCCCCCCCCUUAAAAAUCUCAAAAAUCAACAACUCCCCUUAGUGUAUAGUUACUAUGGAUGGCCCCUAAAUGAGUUUUGAAGGAGAUCAUAACAUUGGUAACAGUAACAGUACUAUACAACUAAGAUAUUGACUACAUUCAGUGAUGUCAUAAGAAACAUCAGUAAUUUGUUUUAAUUGAAUUAAAUCAGUGAUCACAAGGAAAGUAAAAUCCCUACAAUUUAAACUGAGCCGAGGGACUCAAAAUAAUUGUAAGAUUAUUUUUUAAAAAUGUCUUUUUCCAAUACAGAUGUAAACGUGUGAAUCACCUGCCCCCUCACCCACACAUUGUGGACAUGCCAGGAAUUUUUGUAGAUGACAUGCUCGUGACCGAGGAAGGACUCAGAAAAUUUCCAGCCGCCAUGCCUCACAAGCUGGACCCUGAGAAGUAUUUUGGCAGAAACAAAACGUUAUAUCUGGUCAUGAGAAGGUUUGUAGAGUGUUAAAAUAUCAUUUGUUUGAAGUAAUAAAUAUCACGUUUUUGCUGUACAAUACAGGAUCAGACAUUGUUCUAUUAUGUGAUGAACUGUUGGAAAAAUGUAUUUAAAAAAAAAAGCUUUGAUAAUUUUAACUCAAAGGGUUUAGAAUCUCACAAAGAAAGACAAUCAAUUUUAAACUUUUCUCAGCACUUUAUAAAGUCAAGGCAAACUUUCUUAACAAACUGCAAAUGUAAUAAAUGAAAAAUUGCAAGGACACCAUCAAAAACUAUUUCAACUUUUCAUUUACCUUCUGUUCCUUAUCUCCAGAAAAUUAUCUCACUAGACUGAGCUGGGCAUGAAAUUUUAUUUGUCCAUUAUGUCAAAAUAUUUUUAAAGAAUGAUUUCAAAGCCUUUUCAGCAAGUCAUGCAUAUUACAUAAAGUAAAAGUGUUAAAAUUUUCAUUUGUUUACAAGUACUAUAGUACUAUAAUGAAGUGUUAAUUUUUUUUUUUUUCUUUUUCUUCAUCUGUCCAGGAGAAGUACACAUUUGCGUGACUAUCUGGCAACUCAUGAUGUUACCAUGGCUACCAGAUGUUUGAUGUUGGCCCAGGUGCUGGAAGGUGUGUCACACCUGCAGAAACAUGGCAUAGCUCACCGUGAUCUGAAGACUGACAAUAUUCUUGUGGAAGUGCCUAAGCCAGGAGGUUGGUAAUGAGUAAGCUUUCUUGGCAAAUCCAUUUUGUGCAGAUCAUAAUAUUUUUUUUUCAUAAUGACUAAACUUUUUUAAUAUGAACAUGAAUUUCUGUAAGGAAGGUAAUUUUGAUUAUCCAAAUAUCUCCUCUUUCCCACAACAUUAACUCUUUUUUAUUAAAAAUUUUUUUUUUUUUUUAAAAGCUAUCGCCAUUCUGUAUGAUUUUUUAAAACUUUAUUGUUAUCAAGUAAAAUAAUACAAUAUGCCGAAUUGACUUAAAGAACAAAUACAGGAAAACCUCCACAUUAAGAAGGUGUUUUGACACAGAACUAAAUAAUUUAAUUAAAUAAGUGUUAAAAAGAUUGCUGGACGAUGGCUGUAAAAGAUUGCUGGACGAUGGCUGUAAAAGAUUGCUGGACGAUGGCUGUAUUAUAUGGUCAUGAGUGAUACAAAAAUGGAUAAAAAUGUUUUUGAAAAAUUUAAAUAUUUUUCUUUUGGACUUAAAAAAAAUAUUAGAAAAUUAAAUAAAUAAACAAAACUUAAAAUUUGUAUCAAAUAUAAUUUAACCAAAAUACAUUUAGGAUCCCCUCGUCUGGAAAUUUGUGAUUUUGGAUGCUGUCUGGCGGAAGAAAACAAAAACAUGCAAGUUCCUUAUACAUCUAGAGAUGUCUACAUGGGAGGCAAUUCUUGGCUAAUGGCCCCUGAGGUAUGAUUUUUCAAAUGAAUACAUUUUAGCAUUGUUUAGUUCUGAGGAGAUAAGAGGUUCCUUAUCGAAGCUUGUGCCUUCUAAUUAAACAAAAUAAGUUGAUCUGUUGUUUGAAGGAUUUUUUAAAGCUGUAGUUGCCGUGUAAGCCAUGAAAGAUUUAAAAAAUAAUUUAUUCAACAAAAAAACCCAUAAAGAUAUGCACAGGGCUCAGCCCCAAAAAACAAGCCAAAGAUGGCUCCGAAAAGACCAUUUUUUCCCUUACUGCUCUUCAUGCACUCAUCUAUUGGUCAUUGCCAUUUCAAUAUUAUCUCACAAUAUUUUUUAACCUUGCAAUGAUUGUUUUUGUAUGACAUUUUCUGUGUUUGAAAAUGUUCAAAAGAUUAUGAGACAAUUGUGUAUCGGUUAGUGGUGAAAUGUGCAAGCUGUCAACAGUAGUAUUCAUUCAUUCAUUAAACUGAUGAUAAAUCUGAUAAAGAAAUAACAUGAAGCCAUAAAAAGCACCCAGAUCAUUCUUUGGAAUAUCAAAAAAACUACACAUAAGUUCAGAAGAGUUUUUUUUCCAGCAUUAUAAUCUGGUCCACAUUACUUAAUUUUAUUGGGUACUCUCUUGCACAGCACACUCCUUUUAAAAAGCAGAACAUGGGACAAAAUUCUGCAUAAUAAACACGGUUUUAAAAUAAAUGUUUAGUUUCUUCCGUGGCUAUAUUUUAGAUUGAACUCAUACCAAAAGUUUUUCAUCCGGGUAAAUUUGUAUCUAUUUUACAGGCCAAAGGGAGACAGAAAAAAAUAUUAUAAUUAUAAUGUUAUAAUAAGGAAGAAUUGAGUUUGACAGAAAUGUCAGAUUAAUGAAAUGUAUCCAUCCAUCCCUUGGCGCUACAGCCCAUGUAGGGCUUUGGCCUGCCUCACCACUUCCUUCCACUCAGACCUAACUAAUGCCUUUCUUUACCAUGCUUGGACUUUCAGCUGUUGUUGAUCUUUUUCCACAUCAUCCAUCCACCUAAGCCUAGGUAUGCCUUAGAGCCUUUUUACUCUGGGGUGUUGGUGAUGCACCCUCUUUGUUCCUCUGUCAUUUGACAUUCUCUCUAGGUGUCCUGCCUCUUUUUAUUUCUGCCACUAUCGUGGGAUCCUGAUAUAGACUGUACAAUUCAUGGGUGGUCUCCAUCCAUUUUCAUCCUUUGUUGGUCCAUAUAUUUUCCUGAGAACUUUCCUCUCCCAUGUGUUUAAUAGGUUUUCUGCUGUUUUUGUUAGGGUCGAAGUUUCACUUGCAUAUGUUACAACUGGUCUGAUCACAGUUUUAUAAAUAGUUUUCUUUGUUUCUCUUGUAAUGUUUUUACUUUUGAGUAUUUUCUGACUACCGGUACUGAAGUAUGCCCUGUUUCAGGCUGAUAUUCUUUCUUUUAUUUCUGUUAGUAAUUCAUUUCUUUCAUUUAACAAAGAUGCUAGGUAUUUGAAUUGAUUUACUUUUUCAAAAGUCUGGUUUCUAAUUUUAAUUCAUCUGUUUGUUCUUCUCUUAUCGUGGUCAUGUAUUUUGUUUUUUGGUUGUUAACUUCCAGCCCUGCUUGUAAAGAUGCGUCUUCUAAUUCAAUAAAGGAUUUUUAUAUGUCUUUAAUACUUUUCCCUAGCAGUGCUAUGUCAUCAGCAUAUGCAAGAUACUGCAAGGGCUGGUUGUAGAGUGUGCCUGUUGGUUGUGGGUCUUGAGUUUCCCUCAGAAAGUAUCCUGUUAUCGUUCCUCAAGUGUCAAUGUGUAUGUUUCUCAUAACUCUCUCUAAUGUUAGGUUAAAAAGCAUACUAGACAGUGAGUCUCCUUGUCUCAGGCCUCCUCUAAUCUGAAAUUCCCUAGAAUAUUCUCCUUGAAUCUUGAUUUUGCUUUUUGAGUUGUUUAGUGUUACAUGUAUUAGUCUGUCUUGUCAGUUUGUUGGGCAUCCGAAACUCCUGCAGAGUCUCAUAUAGAUAUUUUUUUUUAUGCUGUCAUAGGCCAUUUUAUAGUCCACAUAGAGUUCAUGUACUGGUAUAUUAUAUUCAUAGCAUUUCUCUAAUAGGCAUCUGAUGGUGAACAGACAAAUGAAAUGUUGAGAUGUAAUUGAUGUGAGGAAACCAGAACUUUAUUAUUAUAGUAUGUUUUGGGAAGGGGGGUGAUCUCACAGAACACAUUAGCAAGGACAGAAACUUUAAUACUAAAAUAGGGUAUUUGUGAUGACAGUAUUGCCAAAAAUCAAUGGGUAGUAUUCUUUCCAAGCUGUCUUUGAGUGCUGUAUCAUAACAAAGUAUCAAAGACUCAAGAUUUGUUAGUUCGGUGGACAAGAUUCUAUAAAUUGUACACACUCUUGGAUAGUUGCAAUGUCAUUUCUUUAAGAUGACAACAGUUUGUCUUAUUACUACAAUGCACCCAUAAAUUGUCUACUCAACAGUUUGUCUUAUUUCUACAAUGCACCCCCAUACAUUGUCUACUCAACAGUUUGUCUUAUUUCUACAAUGCACACAUACAUUGUCUACUCAUGCUACUGAUGUUAUUGCAAAAAGUCCCUGACAAGCAGCUUCCUUUGCGCAAGCUCCGUCCCUACUCGGUCUCACACAGAUUUAUUCAUUAAUGUAAUUCACAAUCAGAUUGAACAUUUUCUUCAACCCUUGUUUUUGUAAGUACUCUGUUUGAAGGAGAAAUUCUUUGUCAGUUGUACUGUCACAAUGGUGUCUGAAGGAGAAAUUCUUUGUGAGUUGUACUGUCACAAUGGUGUCUGAAGGAGAAAUUCUUUGUGAGUUGUACUGUCACAAUGGUGUCUGAAGGAGAAAUUCUUUGUGAGUUGUACUGUCACAAUGGUGUCUGAAGGAGAAAUUCUUUGUCAGUUGUACUGUCACAAUGGUGUCUGAAGGAGAAAUUCUUUGUCAGUUGUACUGUCACAUUGGUUUCUCACAAAAUUAAACAGAUUGAAAUUGUCUGGUAGGUGGUGUGAACUUACAUCAACUUACAAAGAAGAAAACCACACCUUUGUAAGUGGCCUAGGUCAGUUUCUUUGAAAGUAUCUGCUCUCUGUUACUUGAUAGUGCCAGCGCAUCCUGUUCCUAUCACAUUUAGGAGAUGCUAACAUUUUUUAUUGCUGUAGCUUUUGAUUUCUUAGGAAAUGUGUGAGUUUCAGUAAUUGUUGUCAAUAUUUCAUCAUGUAGGUGGGUAAAACUAGCCAGAUGAAAGGCAAUCAUAAAGCACAUUGGUUCAUGAACUUUUUUCCUUUCAUCUGGCAAAAAGGUAUUUAACUUUUCUGGCCUGGUGUCAGGUCACACCCUAGAAAUGGGAACUGGCUUGGUGUCAGGUCACACCCUAGCAGUGGAAACUGGCUUGGUGUCAGGUCACACCCUCGCAGUGGGAACUGGCUUGGUGUCAGGUCACACCCUAGCAGUGGGAACACUGAUAUUGAUUAUUGGUAAAUUUAACUUGUUAUUUCUUCUGAUCAGCUGGUCACUGCUAUGCCUGGGCCUAACAACGUCCUGGAUUUUAGGAAGUCUGAUCUCUGGGCUGUCGGGGCCAUAGCAUAUGAGAUAUUGGGAACAGACAACCCGUUUUAUCCAUGCAGGGAUAACUCAAGGAAACAGAUGAGAAAUGUUGACUACAUAGUGGGACACCUCCCAUCGCUGCCAGGUCAUUUUCUUCUUAUAGACAAUCGAUUACCAAAUAGGAACCAUUAGUUUAAAUAUUGAAUGAAUGGUCACAACAUCCAAGUUAUGGGAGGUCUAGCUAUCGGUUGGUAGAUUAUAAGGCAAAGAGUCAUCGUUUCUGUUGUUAGUUGAUCUGGCUCAUUAGUGCAUUAUGUUAACUGUUGUCUAAAACAUCUACGUAAUGAGUAGAUAGGGGUACCUGCUGUUACAUCAUCACUAUAUCUUGUUCUAAAAAUAUCUACGUAAUGAGAGAUAAUAAUAAUAAUUAGUGGUCUUUUAUAGCGCCUAGGGCUGGGCUCACCGUGCUGUACAUAAAAAUAUUAGCAAAAGAGACAUAAUCAUGACAUUAAUAUUAAAAUCAAAUACAAUUAUGAAAUAAAGAACAGCAUGAACCCCAGGACUUUUACAAGGCAAACCAUUGACGGCGGCCAGCAAGAUCAUUUAUCGGUCAGAGGAGGGGAAUCAGUCAGGGUAAUAUAGUUUAAAGAGAUGCGUUUUGAGUGCAGUUUUGAAGGCUUGGGUGGUUGGUAUAUUGUUACAGGAUCCAUAUGUCUUGCUCUAAAAUAUCUACAUAAUGAGAGAUAGGAAUGCUGUUACUUCAUCCUUUAUCUUUUUCGUCUAUUUAUUUAAAUCAUCCAGAUGGUUAUUCUUUUUUGUUAAGCUACCAGCUUUUAUAUACUUUGGAGUUAUUACAUUUAUUUCAAGCAAAAGUUUCAGUGGGUUUAGUGAAAGUCUUGCUGACAUAUAUUUUAAUGCACCAUUUCAGAUGAUGUUCCUGUUGAGAGUCUGUCUAACGUAUAUUUAAGGAGUCUGUCUAACGUAUAUUUAAUGCACCAUUUCAGAUGAUGUUCCUGUACCAAUCAAGCGUCUUGUUAAAGCUCUUUUAUCUAGAGAUCCAAACAAGGUAAAACUAUUUAUUUUAUAUUUCAUCCUUCUAAACUUUUUAUAUCUUUAAAUUAUUGAUUGUCCUCAACAUUUUUUAGCCUAAAUUUCUCCAAGUUCUGUUUAACCUGGAAAUAAACUUUUUAUAUCUUUAAAUUAUUGAUUGUCCUCAACAUUUAUUAGGCCAAAUUUCUCCAAGUUCUGUUUAACCUGGAAAACUGAAUUAUGGCACACAGCAUUGUCGUGGGGUACAUUUUAAUCUUUCAAUUUUUCACGGAUCCUCAAUUUUAGCUUUUUAGAAAAUAAAUAUUUAGUUAAAAUUUCAAAGAAGAGAAGGAAUAAAUGAAGUUUAUCACAUAUACAUUAUAUCAUUAAUUAUGGAAUAAAAGAGCAGUACUUACUUUUAAAUUUAACCACCAUAAUUAACUGCUGUCUGGCAAAAUUGAUGAUUUAAGCAAAUAAAAUUUAUGAAUGGGAAGUGUAAUAGAAAAUGUAAGAUUAAGAUAUCAUCAAACUAAAAACAAAACUAAUGUGAAAAAUAUGUACUAAAAAUUUCUUGUCUUGAAAAAAGCUAUGUUUCUCCUGCUUUGUUUCUCCUGCUUUGUUUCUCCUGCUUUGUUUCUCCUGCUUUGUUUCUCCUGCUUUGUUUCUCCUGCUUUGUUUCUCCUGCUAUUUUUCCGUUACUAAAUUACUUGAUGUGAGUUGCUUUUAAUCUAGCUUUUGUUUUUCUGUCUGCUAUUGUUGUAAACAGAGACCAUCCGCUAAUACUGCAACGGCCGUGGCACAGAUGGUGGCCUUGGAAUUGAACGGCACACCACCCAGCCCGCCCAAACCACCAACUUCUGCAGUGAAGAAAGAAGUUAGGCCGACAGCCAAGAAGCUCGGCAGAAAACCAGGAUCGAAGCUCUUUGUUACCAAAGAACAGAAAAAAUUGUACUGGAUCGUUGUGCAAAGUUUUUCCUUGCUGUGCCAGCUGACUCUGGGCAACCAAUCAGACGGCUGGGAUGUGGUCUCGGCCACAAGUUUUCUGCUCCUGUCUCGCCUCACUUAUUCCAGUUUCAAGGAAGCCAUGAAGUUUUUUUGAGAAUUUGAUCAGCUCAAUAGAUUGUCACAUCAAUAAACAAGAAGGCUAAGAUAAUUGGAAAUGCUGAAAAUUAAAAAAAAAAAAAAUUCUCAUAAACCCAAUAUUCAUUAAUUUUACUGAUAGUCUUAGACAUCUUAACCCAGAUAAUGAUUUGAAGGAUCCAACCAUAUAAUAUUAUGUCAUCCAAAAAUAAUUCAUCCAUUUAUUGACAUUUUAAGAAUUGGUGUAGUAAGAAUAGGCUAGGAAUGGAUUUUUUUUUUCAUAUUUGAAAUAUGAAUGGCCCACUCAUCUUCAUGAAAGCCAUUGGCUCCAAUGAGUUCAUUGGUGUUACAGAGGGAGGCAACCCUUGUUUUAAAUGAGAAUUACAAAUACAUUGACAUGUAAUCCGUUCAAACCCUUAGGGCAGGGGUUCCCUGUUUUUUUUCGUUUGUGUGCCCCUCCCCUGCUGAAUCCGGAUUUUGCCCGGGCAACCAAUGUCGUAUCGUAACGAGUUGCAAAUAAUUUUUUUUAACGAAAGAGUUGGGUAAAAAAAUGUUAACACUUGAUUACGAUCACACGAAAAUUAAACAAAAUGAACUAAUUGUAAUUAUUUCGAUGAGUGAGCCCGUUGAUUAAACCCCGAACGGGACACAGAUACAAGGUAACAUGAUUUUGUAUUUACUGAUCCAGACAGUGAGAUACAAGGUAACAUGAUUUUACCCUCAGAAGACAUACAAAACAAUGAAUGAACUGUCAUCAUUGCUUGUAACAUUGGCACAAUACAUCCCACACCUAGGGACAGAAAGUUAAAUAAUUAUAUAAGGCACUUGCCUGGCGCAAUAGGGGUCCAUUUUAUUCACUGAACAAAUGAAGUUCAAAUUAAAAUAACAUUACUAGAUGAGAGCAGAGUUUUAGCUAAUAAAUAUUAAAUUUACUGAGUUUUUCUUAAUUAAACGGACAGCCAUUAUAUUACAACUACACAAAUUAAAAUAAGAUCUCAAUCUCCGACCAUUCUAGGCUGAAUACCCGUUACUACCCUUUAUUAUUUUUUUUUCUCAAAAACUCCACUUGUUCAUCCUCGUUAUCUGGACCCACCUCUUACCAGGUCAUUGUCAAAUAUGAAAACAUAACUUACAGACACGUGGGCACUUUUAGUUUGAGUUAUUGUUUGAAAAGUUAGACAUCCACCUCAUGAGUAGGUCUAGCCACCUGUUGUGACAUGAUCCACCUCAUGAGUAGGUCUAGCCACCUGUUGUGACAUGAUCCACCUCAUGAGUAUCCAGCUAAUGAGGAGACUCAGCAUCCUGUUCUUAAACACUGUUGCUUUAGCCUAAAUGUAUUUGUGGAGAAGGAAAUAAAGUUAAGCAGAAGCUGGCUAAAAUCUUUGUAAGAACACUUUCAAACAUUUGUUUAUCUGAAAUAGCAACUGAACAUUUUUCUCAUCCUUAAGAAAACAAAAGGACAAAAGUCAAGAAGAAAAGAGAGAUAAUUUGAUUCUAAGUCGUUGAAUAUUUUUAACCUUGAUGCUGUACCAACUGCAGCUUUGUAAAUAUGUCUUUAUGUACAGUGACAAGGAUGUGUCAUAAUUAGAGUAUGAGUUUUCUUUUGUAUCCAGUGACAUGGAUAUGACAUAGCACAUGAUUGUUUUCUCUGAAAAGAGGCAAAAGGAUAUGUCAUAGUAUGUAAUUGUUUCCUUUUGUAUCCAUUGACAUGGAUAUAUCAUAGCACAUGAUUGCUUUCUCAGAAAAGAGGCACAACGAUAUGUCUUAGUAAUUGUUUCCUUUUUUAUCCAGUGACGGGGGUAUGUCAUAGGAUGAAGUAAAUAAUUAUUAGUCUCUACACAGUAAAUUGUCGAAUCUGUUUAAAUUUACAGUGAUCCUGCGUUUGUUUUUUUGCAAUAAAAAAGUCUUUCAAUUUCAAAUUUUUUAAUGUUUUUUUUUUAAAAGCUAAAAUACUCCUUUGUUUGGCCAUAGUGCAUUUAUUUGACCUUAACCGCUUCGACAUUACCUGUCAUCAAACUGAUUGACCUUAACCGCUUCAACAAAACCUGGCUGUCAUCAAUCUGAAUAAUC